AUGUCUGCCGAAGCUUCUGUUUCAUACGCUGCCUUAAUCUUAGCUGACGCUGAACAAGAAAUCUCUUCUGAAAAAUUAUUAGCCAUCACCAAAGCUGCUGGUGCUAAUGUUGAAGAUGUCUGGGCUUCAGUUUACGCUAAAGCUUUAGAAGGUAAAAACUUAAAGGAAUUAUUAUUCUCCUUUGCUGCUUCUGCUCCAGCUUCCGCUGGUGGUGCUGCUGCUGCUUCUGGUGCCGCUGCCGGUGGUGCUGAAGCUGCUGCUGAAGAAGAAGUUGAAGAAGAAAAGGAAGAAUCUGAUGACGAUAUGGGUUUCGGUUUAUUCGAUUAA